AAAAUUCAAACUAUUAUUUCUCUAACUUAAAAUGAUAUAUCAAGUUUUUGUUCUUCUACUUACUUCCAAUGGGAUUGUCACUUCGCCAAGCUCCAUCGGUCUUAACCUUUCAGUUGGAGUUACUGUAGCUCCGCCACAUGGUCCAACAGUUACUACCAUGUCUACUCCACACACGACAAUGAAAACCAUCAUGCAAAACCUAACCACAAGCAGCCAUCAGGUAGCUACCACAACUGCAAAAGCUGUCACGAAAUUUCCGAAAACCUGCGAAUCCCUCGACACCCUGGUUCAAUCCAGUCAGUGUUAUUAUGCUCUUGAAGGACUUGAUUCAAGUAUGUCUGCAAUGAGUUUGACUGAUCCAGAUGUUAUUCAAGAAAUUAAUGGAUACUGUUCUACAUUUACGGAUUGCUACCCUGAAAUCGAAAAAUGCGCGGAUUUCGAUUCGUAUUCAAUCGGUAUCAUCAAAACAUUUUGUGACUUUUAUCAAUUUGUCACUACAAAGUUUUUCCUACCGUGCUCUCUUAUUUUGGAAGGAACAUCAACUCCAUGCACAGACAAUGCAACAUCAAUUAUUUUGGAUUUUAAUUCAACGAUUCCUGUGAAGUGUGCAAAGCUGAUUGCAGUGAAUAGUUGUUCAGUGAAAGAAGUAGAAAGCUCGUGCAACGUGAGAGGAACUCAAAGCUACCAAAUGUUCUUGAAUCGUCAUAUACAGACAUGGAUGUGUUAAUUAUUUUUAUCCUGGUUGUAUUCAUGAUUUCAAUGUAAAUAUUUAUUGUGUAAAUGUGUAAAACUAUAUUAAUAUGAUGAUUGUAAAACAUCUGAUAGAUUUUUCGAGAAUAUUUGAUAAAAACAAUGUUAUCCUCUAAAAU